CGUCGGCGCCUCGCUUCCCUCACGUCCGGGUCCCGCCCCACCCCGGGCUCCGCCCCCGAGCCCCGGGCCGGCCCCGCCUCUGCGCGUCCGGGCCGCUCUGCCGCCCGGUCCCUGGCGCGUCGGGACCCAAGCCCUACGUCAGGCCCCGCCCACACCGCGCGGCCCCGCCCCGGCCCCGCCCCCCGCGCCCAGGACAUGCCCGGGCUUCCCGCCUUCCCUCAGUUCGCGUCGGUGCGCUUGCGGUUCCUCGCAGUUGGCGGCUCGGGCACCCUGCAGGAAGAGGACCCUGCCGCUCAGGGCUGUUGUGCGCUGUGGGAGGAGAACUCAUUGGGGGUCCUCGGGAGCAUGGGCAAGACCUGCGAAAUGGGACGCGCCGUGGUGGACAGCCCUCUGGGGAAGAUCGAGAUCUCUGGCUGUGAGCAGGGGCUGCAUGAGAUACGGCUGUGCGGCCGGAAGACCCUGGACCCGGACCCCGCGGAGGCCCCCGCGCCCCCCAAGCAACUUGCAGGUCCAGAGGAGAUGAUGGAGCCCCUGGGGCAGUGUGCAGCCUGGCUGGACGCCUACUUCCGCAAGCCCGCGGUCCUCCAGGAGCUCCCCGUGCCUGCUCUCCACCACCCUCUCUUCCAGCAAGAGUCGUUCACCAGACAGGUGUUAUGGAAGCUGCUGCAGGCUGUGAAGUUUGGAGAAACGGUUUCUUACCAGCAGUUAGCAGCCCUGGUGGGCAGCCCCAGAGCCGCGCGGGCAGUGGGAGGAGCCAUGAGGAGCAAUCCUGUGCCCAUCCUCGUCCCGUGCCACAGAGUGGUCCUCAGCAGCGGCGCCACAGGCAACUACUCGGGAGGAAUGGCCGUCAAGGAGUGGCUUCUGGCCCACGAGGGUCGCCUGGCAGGGAAACUGGCCUGUGGAGGGGGCUCGCGUCCGGCCGGAGCCUCGCGCCAGGCCCUGCGCGGCGGCAGCACCCGCUCCCAGGCAGCCGGGCAAGACUGAGCGUUCGCAGGCGGAGUGAUGACCUCGGUGUGAGGGCUUGUCAAGGUGGGGCUGAGGUGCUGGGGCCACAUUAAAGGAGCUGCUUGGGCCACA